UCACUGUUUUGUGUGCUUUUGAGGAGCAGUAUUCUUACGCCACGAUGUUAACUGCGGCGUUUACUAUUUUAGCGGGGCUACUGGCUGUUCUUGCCUAUCAAAAAGUGUUUAAUCCUUUCCUGUGGGUGGAUUUAAGGUAUUACUUGAAACUCCGGAUGUACAGAAAGUCUUUGCAGGCUCGGGCGCAGCAAGGAAUUAUCACAUUUCUGGACGGCUUUCUCCUUCAAGUGAGGAGGAACCCCAACAAAGCCUUCAUUAUCUACGAGGACCAGAGGCUAACAUACCAAGAUGUGGACAGAAGAAGUAACCAGUUUGCGAACCUAUUCCGGGAGAUGUCUUUAAAACAAGGAGACAUUGUUGCGCUGUUGAUGUGCAACGAACCGGACUUUAUGAGCGUGUGGCUGGGACUGUGUAAACUGGGCUGUCAAGUCGCAUUUCUGAACACCAACAAUAAAUCCAAAUCAGUGCUUCACUGCAUCCAGACUUGUGGAGCCAAGGCGCUCGUUGUGGGCACAGGUUUGGUUCAUUUGGCGGAGGAUCUGCUACCAGCGCUAAAGAAGGACAACAUGACUGUGUUUGUGGUACAUCACACAGCGCCUUCGGAGGAUUUUGUCAGUCUAUUGGAUAAGAUGGAAAACAGCUCAACAGAACGCCAAAGCGGGCUUCCCAAAGUUGACAUCAUGUCCAACUUCCUCUUUAUAUUUACGUCAGGCACAACAGGUCUCCCCAAGGCAGCCUGUGUAAGUCAUCUUAAAGCCAUUAUGAGUAUGGCAUUCUUUCAAAUGUGCGGCGCUACAUCUGAUGACGUCAUCUACAUCACCCUUCCUCUUUACCACAUGUCUGCUUCCCUGUUAGGAAUUGGAGGAGCCAUACAGCUUGGUGCAACUUGUGUCUUAAAGAAGAAGUUUUCAGCCGGUCAGUUUUGGAAGGAUUGUGUGAAAUAUAACGUGACUGUGGUGCAAUACAUAGGAGAGCUGUGUCGAUAUUUGGUCACCCAUCCCAGGGUUCCAGAAGAGAGUAGUCACACCGUUCGGCUUGCAGCAGGAAGCGGGCUUAGGUCAGAUGUGUGGAAGGAGUUUGCCAAACGCUUUGGGAGAAUCAAGAUCAGAGAAGGUUACGGUUUAACCGAGGCCAGCAUCGGCUUCCUCAACUACACGGAUGAGGUCGGACCCAUUGGAAGAGCAAGCGCCUUCAACAAGCUUUUAACGCCAUUUGAACUCCUGAGAUAUGACACGCAAACAUACGAGCCACUCAGAACAGCCUCUGGGAGAUGUGUACGAGCGCAAAAAGGUGAGGCUGGAAUCCUGGUAGCUCCUCUGACACCUAUGAACCAGUUCCUGGGUUACGCUGGAAAUAAGGUCCAGUCUGAGAAGAAGUUGGUCAAGGAUGUGUUCCGGAUGGGUGAUGUCUAUUUUAACACUGGGGACCUCCUGCUUCAAGACCAGAGAGACUUUCUUUACUUCUGUGACCGCGUUGGAGACACGUUCAGGUGGAAAGGAGAGAAUGUAUCCACCAUGGAGGUUUCAGACGUUUUAUGUCUUCUUGACUUUAUACAAGAGGCCAGUGUUUAUGGGGUCACCAUACCAGGACAUGAAGGCCGAGCAGGCAUGGCUGCUAUUGUUUUAAAACCGGACCACAGACUGAAUGGUCCAGAACUGUAUAGACACUUGGUUGAAGCACUUCCUCCAUAUGCCUGGCCUUGGUUUCUCAGAAUACGGCCCUCUCUGGAUGUGACAGAAACCUUUAAGCAGCAGAAGGGGAAGCUGGUCCAGGAAGGAUUUAACCCAGACAUCACACUGGAUCCGCUGUUUUUCUUAGAUAUCACUCAGAAGGACUAUAUUCUCAUCAACGGGUCCCUGUAUGAGAAUAUUGUGUUGGGAAAAAUCAAAUUAUAAUAUAUAAGUAAUAAGGUCUUCAUUAAAGUAAUAGCAUUAAAAUAGAUUGCGUUUACAUGUAAUGUAUAAGUACAGAAUGAUUCUAGUUUCUUGUCAGCACAGUUGUAGCUAUUGUUCCAGUGGUGCUCACUCAAAAUGCAGAGUAAACCUGCAUGUACUCAGUCAACCCCAUUACCUAACACAUAAUGUUGCAAAAACGGGAAAAAAUGCUCAUAUAUAAUGUCAUAUAUAAAACACUAUUGCAAGACCCAGCUUAGCGCAACAGCAGCAAGAUAUCCAAAGUUACAGUAAAGGAGAGACUGUAUGUAAUGCAGACAUAAACACGGAAUACCUUUUUUUUUCAUUAAUAAUGUUUUAUGCUUUUGUUAAAGCAAUGUAUUUUUGUAUGUUUUACUAAAAUUUUGGAGUGAAUUCUGCAUUCUGUGUGGUACAUUAUGUUAAACUGGAUUUGGGUCCACCUUUCUCAGUUACACACUUGUGACCAAUGCUGGGCAAAUUGUCUCAAAAAGUAAUUAGAGUUAGUUACUAGUUACAUUCACAAAAAAAAUAAUAGAGUUACUCCUUCAAUUACUUAUUAGUUACCAGGGAAAGUAAUUAUCGCAUGAGUUUAAAUAUAUACUGUAAAGGAAUUUGGAUUUAUUCUUCUAGUGCCGUUGAGAAAUGUUUUAUGAGAGGAGGGCUGACUUGCAAUUCUCUACCAAAACGCUAGCUUGUUGACUAGCUAUUUAGCUUUCUGUGUGGUCGUAGUGAACAAUGGCGACUGAAGCAACAUCCAUUUCACUGUUUGUAAUGGUAACAGCCUUGUAUUGUUUGAAAUAGUAAUUCAUUAGAUUACCCGUUCCUGAAAAAAUAAUAAUGUUACUACCAACACUAAUUGUGAUGCAAAUAUUGUGACGUAUGUCCUGUAUUCACAUUUCAGUUGCCUUUCAUUUCUAUAAUUGCCAUUCAAUAGCAAACUUGAUCUAGGAGUUAGAUAAUUGUGUGAAACAUGAGUGUUGCAAGCGUCAUGGUGUUGGGCUGCAUGUUUGCCGCCGACACUGGGGAGCUGUGGUUCAUUGAGGGAAACAUGAAUUCCAACAACUACUGACGUUCUGAAUCAGAGCAUGAUCCCCUCUCUUCAGGAACUGGGCCGCAAGGUAGUUUUCCAAUGUGGUAACUAUUGAUCCUAAUAACACUUCCCAGAUGAUAACUGCUUUCUUGAGGAAGCUGAAGGUGAAAAUGGUAUAUUUCAAUGAAAGCCGUUGAGAGAUUAAAUGUGAAACGCCGACCCCUGGAUUGUCUGAGGAUAUUUUGACGUGAGUAACAUUUUACCAAGGCGAUGUGAGUGAGCCUGUGUUGGCUGUUUUUUUUUCCUACCCUACAUUUCUUCUUUUUAUAGGCACUGUCAACAAACCCUGAAUAGAAUUGUUAGCGUCAAUGCUUACAGAAACACUGUUAUCGAAUAAAUUAAGGUACAGUCAAACUGCAUUUUAAUGAGAUUUACAUUUAAUCUAAAUUGUAUCAGUUAUGUUAAUCAAUAAUAAAGUAAGUGCAUUGUCCAGAAACAAAUAGAGGAAAUAAAGGAAAUUAUGAUUUUA